UCUUACCCGGUCUUAUCACUCACACAUCGCCCACACUAUCUGCUGCAACAACGUUCCCAAAAUGUCCACCACCCGCUAUAAGGACCCAAUCCCCGAGGGUGUCUGCGUCUUCACCACCCUUGACGAAGCCGCCAAAAUUCAACAGGCGAACCCGUAUGCCAUUUUCUAUCCCGAGAACAACGGCCACUACGCGAAGGAUCCGGACGGGACUGUCGUCGCCGUGGCAUCGGACGAAAUGUGUGAGGAGAUUGACCGCAGAAACGCCGAGUUGGAAGCGAAGAUUGCCGCGGGCGAGAAGCUGACGGAUGAAUAUGCGGUUUAGGUGAGAGGCCAGCCACCACCGAUCCUUCGGGGAUGGACUUUUUGGUAAUCUGAGAAACAGGGAUGAUGAGCCAUGCUUACGGGGCCGUGGGAGGUAACCGGAGUGGUACGAUGAGAUGAGGGAUAAACUCGAGGCAUUCAAACUGUCUUGUGUCAGCUUAUAGGGAGGGAAUUAUCACUACACUGUACGGGUAUUUAAGUCGCCCAUGUCUCCCUGAGCAAAGCCAGUCUAUCAUCCAUCGUUCUUCCUGAGUAUUAGAAAAUACAAGUAAACCAAGCAGCCUCCAAACCUUUUUUU